AUGCCAAUACCCCGGGAGUCCAAAGCCCGCGUGCGCACCCGCACCGGCUGUUUCGAAUGCCGCAAACGCCGCAAGAAGUGCGACGAGCAAAGACCAAGUUGUCAACGAUGCGCCAACGUUGGUUCGGCCUGCACUUGGCCCACAAUCACCAGCCAGCCCAUGGAUGGCAGAAUGCGUGAGAACCGUCAAUGGAAACCCAGAAGUCCCAGUCUACCGAUUGAAAAUAAGGCCUUGUAUACCCAUUUUACGACGGCGGUUAUGCCGCGGCUUGUGCGACCGAAUUGUCCCUCUGUUUACAGUGAUCAAUCGCAUAUGUUUCAAUUGUCCCAGCAAUUUCCCCCACUGAUGGAAAUUAUGAUCGCCAUUGCGGCUCUUGAUCUCGGAAACGAUGAGCUCGCCAUACAGCACUACCUGCACUCACUGCGCGGCCUGCAAGGUCGCAUAAUAGGCGCCUCCGAUACCGGCAACGACGAUGGCUUAUUGGCCACGACGAUAUGUCUCUGCGUGUUCGAAGUAAGACUAAUAAAAACCAAGAAUCUCCGAACGGAUUCACCUCCGAACAUCGGUCUGCAUGCGAAGGCCGCUGGGGUACUCCUUUCGCAACGACACCCAGAAAAAGCCACCCAAUCGCCGUACCAACCGGGAGUGAUAUUUCAACGUACCUGUGUGGAAUCUUUUUUGUAUCAUAGUACGCUCAUGAUGCUGUUGAACAUCUCGCUUGAUGUGACCCCAGACCACAUACCUCAGUACCUGGCCUGUGCACCCAGUGAUGAACAGGCUGCUCCCGGACCUGUAUUGAAUGAAUCUUAUGAGUUCUUCUUCAUGAUUGCGAAUGUGACGCGACUCGCCCGGCUGUCCCGCGACUUGAACCAAGCAGAGCGUCAGAUAUGGACACGUCUUCAAAGCGACAUCCAACAAUAUGAGCGUACAAAUGAUACUGAUGAUCCUAUGAAAAGGCUCUACUCAUGCGCUGUUCGAAUAUUGUUACUUAAAGGAGAUACUACGAAAAACUCUACACACAGAACAUCUGCAAUUCAAGCGCUCUUUGAUGAAGGACUGAGCAUAUUGAAAAAGGUGGACCUCCAAAAAUACCUGCUUGGUUAUUCACUUUGGCCUGUGACCGUACUUGGUGCUGCUGCUGUGAGCAAGCUCGAACAAGAUAUCAUUAAUAGCAAGAUUGAACCAUGGGCUCGCCUACGACGUGGACAGGCAGUGCGAGUACAAGAGCGACUGAUGAACAUUUGGGCCUUGCCACGGAAAAACAAUGACUUGCUGCUGCUACACCAAUUACAAUUGCUGAUGGAACCCUCUUGA